UUUUUUUUUUUAAAUUUCCUGGCAGUUGAGACACCAUGAUGGAUAACCGCUUUGCUACAGCUCUAGUAAUUGCCUGUGUGCUCUGCCUCAUUUCCACCAUUUAUAUGGCAGCCUCAAUUGGUACAGAUUUCUGGUAUGAGUACCACAGUCCCUCACCAGCUGAAAAUGCCAGCGAACUUGGCAAAAGUAUUUGGGAUGAAUUCAUCAGUGAGGAAGCAGAUGAGAAGACUUAUACAGAUGCGUUGUUCCGGUGCAACGGCACAGUUGGAUUGUGGCGGAGAUGUAUCACUAUGCCCAAAAACUCUCACUGGUACAGUCCACCAGAAACUGAUAUGGUGAGAAGCUGCAUCAGUUUUUCCCUCUCCGAUCAAUUUGCUGAGAAGUACAUGGAACCUGGGAACCACAAUAGUGGCAGUGACCUGAAUCGGACCUAUCUUUGGCGUUUUCAGUUCCUCCUACCCUUCGUCAGCUUAGGACUGAUGUGCUUUGGGGUUUUGAUUGGCCUCUGUGCUUGUGUCUGUCGCAGUCUCUACCCUGCCAUUGCCAUAGGAGUCCUACAUUUCAUUGCAGGUCUGUGUACGCUGGGCUCAGUCAGCUGCUAUGUAGCUGGAAUUGAGCUGCUCCAUCAGAAGCUGCCCCCACCUGAUGAUGUGCAGGGUGAAUUUGGCUGGUCCUUCUGCCUAGCUUGUGUCUCAGCUCCUUUACAGUUUAUGGCAGCUGCCCUCUUCAUCUGGGCAGCCCGCACCAACAGGAAGGAAUUCACACUCUUGAAAGCGUACCGUGUAGCAUAAAUGGGACACUUCGUUUACGGCCAGUUGCUGCUUCACAGUAUUUUGUUUCAAUACUAUAGCCUUUUCCCAGUCUUAUUCCAUACUUACUUUGAUUGGGUAUAAGUUCCAUGUACUGCAUGCUUCUUGCCAGCUGAAUUUCAGCAGUCUGCAGGUUUUUGAAGACAAAGGCCUCUGGGCCAAAUUUCCAAACCUGAAUAGCUUUCACUUGCCAGAAACCUGCAGAAUUUUAAUAGUCUUUUAUUGUAUAACUUUUUUACAAGAAAAUAUUUUAUUUGUGGAAAUAGUAUUAAGAGCUCAUCCACUUUUUAAAUUAUACCCUAACUGAACACUCACAUCUAAAUCUGAUCUGGAAAAACAGGAGACACAUUGUGGGACAGAAGAUGAAGAAUAGGAGAAGAAAAAGGGAGAUGCAGGAGACCUGUCACGUGUGAAUAGAGAAUUAGGCACUACAUGUUAUGAGGUCCCAGCAGGUGGUGCCCACUAAGAACACAGAGCAGAGAUGGAUGUGCAAAAUUGUGUGUAGAAAUGGUAUAGCUACAUCUUUGUUGUGAUCUCACUUCUGUUUCUUUCUCUUACACUCAUUAGUUUUUCCUUUUAAUCUCUUCUGACCAGGCUGAUGUAAUUGGGGAAGUCAGCUGCAGUUUUUGUGCUCUGUAAAAUAGGCCCCUCCUUUAAUGUGGUGAAAGGACAGUCCUCAUGCCAGGUUUGGAUUUAAUUUGGUUAAUAUAUGUGUGUGUGUGUAUAUAUAAAUAAAUAUAACUUUUUUAAAAGCUUA